GAAGACACGGAGCACCAGGUUGCCGUCUCCGACGUCCUCGGCCUCGUGUGCAAUGAGCCCCCGGUGGCCGCCACUCCCACAGAUGAAAUCAUGCGCCAGGACAUCGUCCCUCUCUGCGCCGCCGACAUCCACGACCAGCUGAAGAAGCGCUUCGCUUACCUGUCCGGUGGCCGGGGCCAGGACGGGAGCCCCGUCAUCACCUUCCCCGACUACCCGGCCUUCAGCGAGAUCCCAGACCAGGAGUUCCAGAAUGUCAUGACCUAUCUCACCGGCAUCCCCAGCUUGCAGGAUGCUGGCAUCGGGUUCAUCCUGGUCAUAGACCGCAGACAGGACAAAUGGAGCUCGGUGAAGGCGUCAGUCCUGCGCAUCGCGGCGUCUUUCCCAGCAAACCUGCAGCUCGUGCUCGUCCUCCGGCCAGUGGGCUUCUUCCAAAGGACCCUCUCUGACAUCGCUUUCAGGUUCAGCCGCGAUGACUUUAAGAUGAAGGUGCCGGUCAUCAUGCUGAGCUCAGUGCCAGAACUGCACGGCUACAUCGACAAGUCGCAGCUGACCGAGGACCUCGGGGGGACCCUGGACUACUGCCACUCCCGGUGGCUGUGCCACCGCACGGCCAUCGAAAGCUUUGCCCUCAUGGUGAAGCAGACGGCUCAGAGGCUGCAGUCCUUCGGGACGGAGCUGGCUGAGACCGAGCUGCCCAACGACGUCCAGUCGACGGGCUCAGUCCUGCGCGCACACACGGAGAAGAAGGACAAAGCCAAGGGGGAUCUGCAAUUGGCCCUGAAGGAGGGGCACAGCAUCCUGGAGAGCAUCCGGGAGCCACUGGCCGAGGCCGCGGCGCACAGUGUGAACCAGGACCAGCUGGACAACCAGGCCACCGUGCAGAGGCUCCUGGCACAGCUGAACGAGACCGAGGCUGCCUUCGAUGAGUUUUGGGCAAAACACCAGCAGAAGCUGGAGCAGUGCCUGCAGCUCCGGCACUUUGAGCAGGGUUUCCGCGAGGUCACAGCCACCCUGGACGCCGUGACCCACAAGAUGGCGACCUUCACGGAUGUCGGCAACAGCCUGGCGCACGUGGAGCACCUGCUGAAGGACCUGGCCAACUUUGAGGAGAAGUCCCGAGCAGCUGUGGACCGUGCCCGCGCCCUGGCGCUGGAGGGCGGGCGGCUCAUCGAGCACAGGCACUACGCCGUGGACUCCAUCCUGCCCAAGUGCCAGGAGCUGCGGCACCUGUGCGACCAGUUUGCUUCGGAGAUCGGGAGGAGGCGGGCGCUGCUGAACAAGUCCCUGGAGCUGCACGGCCUGCUGGAGACGACCAUGAGGUGGUGCGACGAGGGCAUCUUCCUGCUGGCCUCGCAGCCGGUGGACAAGUGCCAGUCCCAGGACGGGGCCGAGGCGGCGCUCCGGGAGAUCGAGAAGUUCCUGGAGACCGGCACGGAGAACAAGCUGCAGGAGCUCAGUGCCAUCUACAAGGAGUACGAGGCCAUCCUCAACCAAGACCUGAUGGCCCACGUGCAGAAGGUCUUGCAGAAGCAGGCGAGCACCCAGGAGAUGUUCCACCGCCGGCAGGCCAGCCUGAAGAAGCUGGCGGCCAGGCAGACGCGGCCCGUGCAGCCCGUGGCCCCCAGACCCGAGGCACUGGCCAACAAGUCCUCCUGCCCUGCCCCAGGAGGCUGGCGUGGUCCGGAGAGCUCCAGCCCUGAGGGUGGCCCCCUGCGGAGAGGGCCCUACCGGAGGGCCAAGAGCGAAGUGAGUGAGAGCCGGCAGGGCCGCGGCAGCUGCACGGGGGACGAGGAGGAGAGCCUGGCCGUGCUGCGCAGGCACGUGAUGAAUGAGCUGCUGGACACGGAGCGCGCCUACGUGGAGGAGCUGCUGUGCGUCUUGGAGGGCUACGCGGCUGAGAUGGAGAACCCCCUGAUGGCGCACCUGCUCUCUCCCGGCCUGCUCAGCAAGAAGGGCGUUCUGUUUGGGAACAUGGAGGAAAUCUAUCACUUCCACAACAGGGUUUUCCUGAGGGAGCUGGAGAACUACACCGACUGCCCGGAGCUGGUCGGGAGGUGCUUCCUGGAGAGGAUGGAGGAGUUCCAGAUCUACGAGAAGUACUGCCAGAACAAGCCGCGCUCCGAGAGCCUGUGGCGACAGUGCUCCGACUGCCCCUUCUUCCAGGAGUGCCAGAGGAAGCUGGACCACAAGCUGAGCCUGGACUCCUACCUGCUGAAGCCCGUGCAGAGGGUCACCAAGUACCAGCUGCUGCUCAAAGAGAUGCUGAAGUACAGCAAGCACUGCGAGGGGGCUGAGGACCUGCAGGAGGCGCUCAGCUCCAUCCUGGGCAUCCUCAAGGCCGUCAACGACUCCAUGCACCUCAUCGCCAUCACCGGCUAUGACGGCAACCUCAGCGAGCUGGGCAGGCUGCUGAUGCAAGGCUCGUUCAGCGUGUGGACCGACCACAAGCGGGGCCACACCAAGGUCAAGGAGCUGGCCCGGUUCAAGCCCAUGCAGCGCCACCUGUUCUUGCACGAGAAGGCCGUGCUCUUCUGCAAGAAGCGAGAGGAGAACGGGGAGGGCUACGAGAAGGCCCCGUCCUACAGCUACAAGCAGUCCUUGAACAUGGCCGCCGUCGGCAUCACCGAGAAUGUGAAGGGUGACAGCAAGAAGUUCGAGAUCUGGUACAACGCCCGGGAGGAGGUGUACAUCGUGCAGGCGCCGACACCCGAGAUCAAGGCGGCGUGGGUGACGGAGAUCCGGAAGGUGCUGACCAGCCAGCUGCAGGCUUGCAGAGAGGCCAGCCAGCACCGGGCGCUGGAGCAGUCCCAGAGCCUGCCUCUGCCCGCGCCGUCCAGCACCAGUCCCUCGAGAGGGAGCACGAAGAAUGUCAAAAAGCUGGAAGAACGGAAGACCGACCCCCUGAGCCUGGAGGGCUACGUGGGCUCCUCACUGCCCAAGGCCCCCGAGAAGGGCCAAGCUUCUCCCACCAGUCCUGACAAAAAAGCUAAGCGACAUGAAGUAAAGAGCGACCCAACUCCUUUUGGUCUGCGAGGCUGGAGCAAAACGUCGCACUCGCUGGAGGCCCCCGAGGACGACGGCGGCUGGUCAAGUGCCGAGGAGCUGGUGAACUCGUCUGACGCGGAGGACGACGGGGGCCUGGGUCCCCGGAAGCUGGUCCCGGGCAAGUACACGGUGACGGCCGACAGCGAGAAGGGGGGCCCGGGCACGCUGGCCGUGAAGGGCGGGGACGUGGUGGAGGUGGUCGAGGAGGGCGCCGAGGGCCUCUGGUUCGUGCGGGACCUGACGAGCGGCGCCGAGGGCUGGGUGCCGGCCGGCAGCCUGAGCGGCCUCCUGCGCAAGGCGGGCUCGGCGCAGUGUCUGAGCAGCUCAGAGUCGAGCCCGGGCUCCGCCGCCCUGAGCAACUCGUCGAGCUGCAGCGAGGGCUGCCACGCCGCCUUCUCCGACCUGCAGGGCUAG